AUGGUGGACUCGCUAUGCGCCAAACACCCAUCGUGUGAGACCGCCAUCCCGGAGUGGUUGCAGGAGACGACAGUCGAGCCGUCCCUCAUCCCCGAGCUUUCAGUGGAGGUACUCGGACAGGCUAUCCAUUCAGCGGCUUGGGCGUCUUCACCAGGACCAUCAGGGUGGGUGACGGAGCACUUGCGCGACACUUUUCUCUCCGAGCCUGCAUACCUGCCUCACCUGCUAGGGGUCUUCACCCAGUGGACCAAGGGAGAGGUAGCGGAGCGCGUGCGACCCUGGCUGACUGCGUCCAACCCUGUGGGCCUGUCGAAGCCAAACGGUGACGUUCGUCCGGUGGCCAUAGGCGAGCUCGAAGUUGGGUCCAAGUCGGGAUUGGAAGUCCUGGCACACGCCUUCCGUUCUGCCCUCUCUACUCACCCGUCAUGGUGCGUGCUUCAAAUUGACGUGGCGAAUGCUUUCAACUCUUUCCAUCGGCGGGAAAUGUUUGAAGGCCUCCAUCGAUCGCCUUUAGAGGGAUUGAUUCCAUUCUUGCAAGUCUUCUACGGCACCCCCAGCGACCUCUACCUCCGCGCAGGCCCCUUCAUUGAAGUUUUGGCUUCCGAGUGGGGCUUGAGGUAG